GCCGUCGUUCGGUUAGGUAGCCAAACAAGGCAUUUUCGUUAAACAAGUUUAGACGAUGGAUCAGACCGAACGCAUCGACGACGACAAAGAACACGACGACGGGGAGGCUCCUUUGUUGGACCAUUCGGAACAAGUAAUCGGUGGUUUCCGGGGAGCUAAGAGAUGGAUUCUGCUGGAACCGGUGGCCUUUUUGCUGUGCUUUGGCCUGGCCAUCGCUGGAAUCGUUCUGUCCAAUCAGCUCAUCUUUCAAACGUGCGUUUAUUUGGGGUAUGACCGGGACCGAUGUCGUCAGAUGGAAUCGAAGACCGGGAAUGGGAGUGAUGAUGCCGAACUGGAACUGAUCGUUCAACCGGUGGUGGCCAACUUCAAUAUGGUGAGCAGUAUUGUGAAUUCGGUGGUUCCAGCUUUGGUUGGCCUUUUUUUGGGUCCUUGGUCGGAUCGAUUCGGAAGAAAACCGGUCAUUGUGCUUCCCUGCGUUGGAUACGUUAUGACAUAUGUGUUGAAGGCCGUGAUAUUCGCUGUUUCGGAACAAGCUCCGGUCAGCCCUUGGUUCUAUCUGGUUGCUGAUAUUCCUGCGGUUCUUUGUGGAGGAACUACUGUCGUGAUGGCCGGAAUGUAUAGCUACGUAUCGGAUGUGGUUCCGAAUCAAGGACGAACCAUCAGGAUGGGGAUGCAGAAUUCGGCGGCCUUAACCGGAGCUCUUCUAGGGCUUAUGUCGAGUAGCUUCGUUCUUCGCUGGACCAACACCGGGAUAGUAUUUCUCAUAGCUCUCGUAGCCAUAGUCCUGAGCACAAUCUACCUGGUCUUGUUUGUCGAAGACAGUAUCGAGGUGCGAGACUUUGCCGAUGUCAGUGGUUGUUGCUGGAAGUUACGGGAAAUUUUCCGGCUAGACUCGCUCAAAGCAAUGGUCGACAGUGCUUUAAAAGCCAGACCCAACUACGACCGUGCGGUGCUUUGGUUUUCAAUCCUUAUCGGAUGUUUAACCGUAUUAGGGCAAGGAGGGUCCAGCAUCUUCUAUCUGUUCACCAGGAAAAAAUUCGACUGGUCCCUGCAGGACUUCACGCUAUGGCAAUCGACCGAACUGGUCUCCACAAUCGUCAGCAACUUCCUAGGAAUCGUUAUCCUGAAAAAGGUAUUCCGACUCCCGGACAUUUCGAUUGCCUUCCUAUCGAUCCUAAGCUUCAUCGGAGAUUCGUUUAUCAAAGGCUUAGCAACGGGCGGGUGGCAUCUCUACUUGGCCACCGCCACAACUCCCUUCAAAUCAACCGAAGGGGCAGCCUUCAUGGCCAUCAUAACCAACAUCCUGGCCCCGAACGAGGUCGCCAAGAUCUUUUCGAUGGCCAUGGCCUUGACGGCCAUGAUACAGCUGGCAGCGGCUCCACUUUUCACGCUGAUCUACAACGCAACCCUGAGCACGAGUCCGGAAUUGUUUAACUUUGUGGCUUCCGCAAUCUUUUGCGUCAAUUUGCUGCUGGUUGGAGUCGUUUAUGUGCUGUUGAGGAAGCGUAACGAAGCUAGGCGAACCUCAAGGGAUAACACAGAACAUGAGGAUAGUGAUAUUAUUAUCUAGACAACUUGUAAAAAAAGAAGAAGAAAAACAAAGUUGUGAUAUUAGGUUUAAGAAGAUAUUUUUUUAAAAUGAUUGACAAAAUAACAGCAAGUAUACUAGACAGACACAAGACAACUUAUUGAAAUCGAAAAUCCCAAGCAACGGAAACAAUUCAGUCAUCAAAAAUCGCGUUCUUCAAUAUAGUUGUUUAAUACGUUAGCAAAAUUCAAUUCCUAAUCUAACUUCACUAAGCGUUAAAAGCGUAUCGUUAACGUUCCAAACUUUUAUCUCUGUAUACAAGUCAAUCGUUUUGAAAAUUUCCCUGAUCUUCCAUUUUGCGACUUCAUUUUAUUGAAAUAACUUGAAUAUUAUUUGUAUUUUUUUUUUUUGGUAAAACCUUCGAUUGGAAAUUCGCGUAUGGACGAUCGUUGGCUGAACUAGCAAUCGCUAGUGUAGAGUGUAGCUUUGUGAAGACAUGACAAAGAAAUGGAAAUAAACGAUAACUCCCU